GUUCCCCGCAACCCCGUGUGGGACAAGCGGUUCAGAAAGUGUGUGUGUGUGUGUGUAAGGAUUUUCCUUUGCACUAUGAAUAUGUACUGUUUGGAUUUUUACAUUUUGGUAGAAGUACAGAGAAACGGGUAUAUAUCAUUAAUUUAUUAAUCAUUUCAGCCAAAUAUAAACACCGGUACAAACUUGCUAAUAAACCUGUGUUUUCUGUUUUUUGGAAAUUUACACAGUACAUAUACACUAUUGAGGAGUGUAAUAAUAAGGCCAUUUAGACUGUACAUUAUAAUCUGGUUAUUGGGGUUUUGUAACUUUGUUUUUUUUUUUACUUUAUUUACUUCCUCAUGGUUAGGUUUGAUUGUUCUGGAUUAAUGUUCUUGUAUUGUGAGUGUUUGAAUUGUUUAAUAAUUAAAAAAAAAAAAAAAAAUUGCCACCACUUCCACAUAUAAGGGGUGGACGGAGGCCUCUGUUUUUGGUUUCCAUCAUUGCCUGACAGGCCGAGGAGUGAAGUGCUUCCGGUUUUACGGCGUGCUGCUUCCUGCCAGCGGCAACCGGAGGUGGAGCCCCAUGGUGGUGCGUGUCCGAGUGAAGGGCUCCAUGUGUUUCAAGUAUGCUUUGUUCCGUGUGAAGGAUUUCAAAAUGCACCCAAGCACCACCUGCACUGCGCUCACUUUCCUGCUUGUGUUAGUUCAGCUCUCAGAAUCUAAUGGACUGGAACCUGUAACUGCUGAUGUGAAAAGCUCUGCCCUCCUGCCCUGCACUGGCACCGCCCACAGGGGUCAGGCAGAGGUGAAAUGGACAAGCAGUGGAGACCCUGUCUUUGUUUACCACCAGGGGAAGCUCACCACAGGUCCUGGGUUCAAGAACAGAGUCCAUCUGUCCAAGGAGGAGAUUGAGGGUGGAAACUUCUCCCUCAUCAUCAGUCCUGUUGAAUACAGCGAUAAAGGUCUUUACAGUUGCUUCUACAACAAUGAAUGGCUUCAUGAUGUCAGACUGGAUGUUGUUGUGCCUACGGUGGUCUCUGUACCAGUAGGGGACCCCGUCAAACUCCACUGUUAUGCCGACAUCAACAGACAGACAGAAGACAGCCAGCUUGAUGUGCGUUGGAAGAAGGAGGGAAAACUUGUUCUGCACCUUCAUUCUGGGUUGGUCACUCAGGGCUCUGGGUUCAAAAACAGAGUCGAUGUGUCUAAAGAGGACAUCCGAAAGGGCGACCUGUCAUUGAUCUUGAACGAUACACGUCUCUCGGAUCAAGGACACUACCAGUGUUUCUACAACGACCUGACGGGAUGUCUCGGCAGGGUCACUCUCAACAUUGCAGCCCAUGAGGACACCCUCACUGUCUCAGGCGGUCAGUCCAUCAUCCUGCUGCUCCGCUCUACAGAACCAGCAAGAGUCCAAUUCUUCAGUACCGGUAACCAGUCGACUGGUGUUUCUGUGUGUGUGGUGGAAGGAGGUUUACCAUGGUGUGAGGCACAGUACCACCACAGGGUGUCCAUCCAGAAUGGGAGUUUCCAAUUGCACCAUGCGUCACCAUCUGACAGUGGUGUGUACAGAGUCAUAGACCAAAGGACCAACAUCACCAUAAGCAGCACCACUGUCAGUGUUUCUCCAUCAGAGCAGUCGUCUCAAGGACAUUGGAUACCACCGGUAUUGGCACUGGCACUGGUGGCUGUGGUAGUCUUGGUUUUGGCAGUGUGCUGGUAUUGCAGACGAAGAACCCAAAGACCACACUUCCCAGCACAGGAGACCCUGCGAAUGAACUUGCAGAGCCUGACCAAUGGGGAGUGUUCAGAUCACUGCUUGGACCCCACACAGAGCGCCAGCGAAACCAUCAAGAUAUCAGUCCCUGAGUCAACCGCUGAAAUUGACAACUAUUCCUCAGAGAGUAUAAGUGGUGAAAAACGCUCCACUGAGCCCUUUGUCAAUGACGCCCUACUGUCGGGGAGCUCCAGACACUCUGGGAGGGUGGAAGCAGGGCAUUUCUAGUAUUUAACACACUUGAUCUGAGCCAAAGUGCAAUUUGACACAGUGCGGUAUGAGGUUCAAUGAGUUUUGUUACUCUCCUCUCCAGACUGAGGUUGCCCCCCCCCCCCCCACUGUUUGAGGCCGUUUGGAAUCGUGUCCUCCUGGAGUAGAGAGAGUCACUAAAGAGUCCAUGGAGUCCAGUUGGGCUUCCAGAUGUUUUUUCUUGGAAGUGGGAAGUUUGUGCAUUAACACUGACCGACUGGAUCUCUGAUACUGGAGACCACUCUCAAAUUUUGAUCGCUAGCAUUACACGUUGUUUGUAUUUAUCACUAAAAAUCCUCUUCUCCAUCCAUCCAUCUUCUGUCCCACUUGUCCUAAAAGGGUCGCGGUGGCAGCAGGGAGAGCAG